CAUGUCCUGCUGAGCUCUGGAGGGAGCCACCAGCCGGUGACAGCCAUGGGGCCUGGGGCCGGGGAGCUGGGUCGCCUGCUGCUGACCGUGGUCCUCACACUGCCCACGAGGCCCGCAGGCUCCUGGGGCGCCCGGAUCAUUGGGGGCCAUGAGGUGAUGCCCCACUCCCGUCCUUACAUGGUGUCUGUGAAAUUUGAGGGCCAGCACCACUGUGGAGGCUUCCUGCUCCGUGCGCACUGGGUGGUCUCCGCGGCCCACUGCUUCAGCCACAGGGACCCCCGAACGGGCCUGGUGGUGCUGGGGGCUCACAUCCUGCAUGCUCCAGAGCUGACACAGCAGGUGUUUGGCAUCUCGGCUCUCAUCAGGCACCCGGACUACCAGCCCGCCACCCAUGCCAAUGACAUCUGUCUGCUGAAGCUGAACCGCUCUGCUGUCCUGGGUCCUGCAGUGGGGCUGCUGAAGCUGCCACAGAGAGGUGCCAGGCCACUCAAGGCUGGGGCGCGGUGCCAGGUGGCUGGCUGGGGCUCCAUAUCUGACUUUGAGGACCUGCCGCCCGGGCUGAUGGAGGCUGAGGUCCGCGUGCUGGGCCUGGACAUCUGCAACAGCUCUUGGAGGGGUCAGCUGAGCCCUGGCAUGCUCUGCACCCAAAGUGGGGACCGCCGGCGGCGUGGCUUCUGCUCAGCGGACUCUGGGGGGCCCCUGGUGUGCAGGAACCGGGCCCACGGCCUUGUCUCCUUCUCUGGACUGUGGUGCGGCGACCCCAAGACCCCCGAUGUGUACACGCAGGUGUCUGCCUUCGUGAGCUGGAUAUGGGAUGUGGUUCGAGGGCCCCGGCCCAGCCCCCUGCCCAAGACCACCAGGCCCCUGCAGGAGUCGCCGGAACCACAGCAGCACUGGGUAUACAAACGAGAUGGCAAACGAUUCACAUAGCUCCUUCCCUGGAAAUCCCAUGGCCAGGGCAGGUCAUCCACGGGCCCCCCCCAAGCCCUGGGGAAGCCUGGCAUGUAUGGGUUGGGGGGUGGGGUAGGAGAGGGCAUCAGUUCCAAACCCAAAGGGCCAAAAUGACGAAAUAAAAUGU